AUGAAGUCGAGUACCGUCUCCGUUUCGGUGAUAUAUGGACGAGUUCGCAUUGAUAAGAAAACAUCGAAGGUGAUAGUACUACAGCCACAAACGCAGACGCAGACCUCCCAACAAGUGUAUCUACUGCAACCGGCAACGACGACUACUUCGCAUGGUCAGCCGCCGGUCACGUUCAUUCCGGUACAACUUCCACCGCAGGACAAUAAUAAGAAGUCGAUCAAUAUAUUAAACACUGUUCCGAGUGCUUCGGGACAGAUGGUCAGGAAUUUUAAGACAAUCGAUUCGGGACGACGAGAAGCGCAAUUACUCGCCCAACAGCAGCAACAGCAACAACAACAGCAGCAGCAGCAGAACGCGGUGAACGCUGUUGCGAAUUCGAAUAACGCUGGAUCGUCGUCUGGAACGACGGGAGCCACAUCUGGAAUGGGAAUAAGCGGGCAACAGCGAAUUACGUUAGGUAAUUUGCACUUCCAACAAGAUCCAAACGAUCCUCAAAAAUGGAUUAUUACAAACGAGCCGAGCUCAUCAAUAUCAACACAAAAGAACAAUCAGCAGGGAAUGAUGAAAAACGAAAUGAUGAACAAUUCAAUUAAUGAUUCUGGCCUUAUUUCAAAUAUUACUGGUGAAUACGAUAUGGGUAUGAACUCCGAGUUGCCGAAACGAUGUGCGUGUACGUGUCCGAAUUGCGCAGGAAAUAAUCGAGUAGGCGACGGAAAAACGCGUCUUCACAUCUGUCAUAUUUGCAAUAAAACGUACGGAAAAACGUCACAUUUGAGGGCUCAUUUGCGUGGACAUGCGGGAAAUAAGCCAUUUGCAUGCGAUUGGCAACACUGCAAUAAACGAUUUACAAGAAGCGAUGAACUUCAGCGGCAUAGGCGGACACAUACGGGAGAAAAACGAUUCCAGUGCAGUCAUUGCGGCAAGAAAUUCAUGCGAAGCGACCAUCUGACGAAGCACGAACGGACGCAUUCGACGAAUCGAAUCAAUCCGAUGGGUCAGACGGCCGCGACAAUCCGCCUCAAUUAG